GUCUACUGCAGUAGUUGUCAUUCAAUAAAUGUAAAUAAAUAAAUUACGAGUGCAUUCCAACCACUGAUAGCAUUAUAUUUACAAUUUCUUUUGUUAAUUUCACAUAAUAAAUAUUUGCAAACGUGACAACUUUUGAAAUGAUUCAAUUCUCCACAACAUAUGCGACAGCAAAGGACGCACUGGAACAAAAUAUUAAUUUCACUUUGCAACAAACGACACCUGCAUCAGCAGUAACAACAACAACAAUAAGCGAAAUUACAGAUGCAAUUCCAACGGAUACGGAUAUUGAACAAGAUGAUAGUGAACAUUUUAUUUUAAUUCCCUUUGCCGUUCUUUUAUUUAUAGUAGCUUUAUCAGCACUGGUAUUCUUAAUUGGAAGGAAUCGUCGACGCCUCGCACAAACUUACUUUCGUCGAAGAAGUGAAUAUAGGUACAAAUUCGAAGAUGAUUCCGAUUCACAACUAGAGCGUGGGGACACUUAUGACUUCGACGAUCCAAGUGAAUGCCUGCUGAAAGGAAAACUGCAAAUCGAUAAUAGUUACGACAGCACACUGCGGAAAGGAAUUUGUACUUAAGAAAUGGCAGCGAGAUUGACGGCCUAAAGCGUCUGCCAGCUUGUCUUCUUUACUGCAUGCAACGUUCUGUAAUCGCUCACUAACACAAUAGUGCAUUUAUAACGGUAAAGCAGUGAAAUUGUCUUUUUCACAUCUAAAUACUCGAAUUCAAACAACGUUAUUAAAGCAUGAAUGUUGAAAA